AUGGCACUUAGCAUGGUGUUGGUGGAGAUCCACGUCUCGUGUGUGCAUCAACUACGACAGGAGGCUGAAUGCAGAAGCUCGGUAGUCAAGUCGUACCUUCAGGAGGGUGUAGUGGAAAUUCUAGACGGAAAAGCACGCAUUCAGGAGACCUCCGUGGAUGUGUGUUGGUGUACUUUGCUGGCCGCCUUCAACUCUCCGCUUCAUUCGGAAACCCGUCGUGUUUGGCUCUCUUCUUUGUCUGAUGAAUUGUGGUCCGUGUUUUUGUUGUGA